AUGAAGACCAUGAAGUCCCGCCGCUCAGGUGGUGACCGCGGGGGCAUUCGCAAGCGGGGCCCGAUUCGCACCGACCGAGAUGGUGACAUGGACAUGGAUGCCCCCGGCGGUCGGGGAGGCAAGAGGGGUGGUCGUGGUGGCCCUGGUCGUCCGACUGGGUCUGGUUCAGGCUCUGGCGCUGGAGUUGGUCGUCCCGCUCGCUCUGGCGGUGAUCGUCCCCAGGCACGCGACAAGACUCUGGAGGCGAUCCAGAAAGCAAUCUCGAAUACUCGGGAUUCCCAAGUCAGCAUCCGCCAGGGAAAGAACGCCGCGCCAAGCAACCUGGAGCUGUUCAGCGUUCUUGGCUGGAAGGAGAGCAAGGUCUCAUCCCAUCGCGAUGGGGGCGUCGAAAACCUUAUCGCAUUUCUCGAGAGACGGAUGAACGCCCAUUCCAAAUCUGGACCCCGCGCUAGAAUCACAAAGUCGCGCGUCGAAGGCGACUCUCUCGUGGUGUUCGUCCGCCCCGACUUGUCGGACAGGAUGCUUCGGCUUCAUGACAGUCUUUUCGCGGGUGUUCACCUCGUCGUGGAGCCCUACGACCCCUCUUCAAGUGCCGUUCUUGAUCGCGAAUUGGGCACUGCCACCGGCACCUCCCCUUCUACCGCGGACACCAAGUCCAAGAUGACGUUGAUCCUGUCCAAGCGUUACUAUCCGGAUACCAAACUCCUCGACCUCUCCAAACUCUCAGCCGACCCAGAUCUGGUGGCCAUGGGCAUUUUCAACCAGACUUCGACCGAGUCCAAGUUCUUCCCUGCUUUGAUGAAGGUUUGGGAAAUGGGAUUCACCAACGCAGCUCAGCGACGAGAGGCCGUGGAGAGCGUCAGUCUGGCUCACAAUUCCCUCACAAACGUCACGGCGGUGACCACUCUCUCCCAGACCUUCCCGGAUAUCAAGAACCUGGACCUAUCCCACAACAAUCUCAAGGAUUACCGGUCGAUAAACGCAUGGCGCUGGAAAUUCCGCAACCUCGAAUUCCUUGAUCUGACCGAAAACCCGUUCAGUGCUGAGCCAAACUUCAAAGAAACAAUGAUGAAGUGGUAUCCAAAGUUACAGACCUUGAACAAUGUUAUUGUUCGCACUGCAGAGGAGAUUGCGGCUCAAAAGAAGACGCCCAUUCCUGUCCAAGCACCCCACUUCCAGGACGAUGGCCAGAUCGCGGAGAACUUCAUUCGUGCCUUCUUCACUCGCUACGACAACAGUCGGGACGAACUCGUCAAGAGCGUCUACGACUCUCAAUCAGAAUUCACCCUGAACGUCAACACCUCCGCUCCCAAGGCUCAGCAGACUGAAUCUGCAGGCUGGGACCCAUACAUCAAGAAGAGCCGAAAUCUCCUCAAAAUCAACCACCUUCCUGCGCGCAUGUCGCGUGCCUACACUGGUGCGGAUAAGAUUCUCGAACUAUGGAAGAGUCUCCCGCAAACCCGGCACCCUGAUAUGUCCGCACACCCAGAGGAGUAUUUGGUUGAGUGCCAUCCAGUCCCCGGACUCCCCGACCCCACUGGACAAAGCCCUACUGGUGUAGGUGGUCUCAUGAUCAUGGUCCACGGAAAGUUCGAAGAAAGCGUCGGCGGCAAGGUCGAGACACGCAGUUUCGAUCGAACCUUCAUCAUUGGCCCCGGUGGUGGCAUGGGCGGCAUCCGAGUCAUCAAUGACAUUUUGUGCCUUCGAGCCUACGGCGGCCAUGAGGCUUGGAGCCCGGAGAACCAGGCUAUUCCUUACGCCACGGCUCCUGUCGCUCCCGUUGCCGGUGCUGCACCCGUCGCUGUCCCUGCACCUGCAGCCGCGGUGCCCGCGCCCGUCGCCCAGCCUGGUAUCCCGCAAGGAUACGGUGCCCCUGCUCCUGGAAAAACGGACGCCCAGGUCCAACAGGAGCUGUUGGUGGCACAGAUGAGUGCCAAGUCGGGCAUGACUCUCCAGUUUUCGGAGAUGGCCCUGUCUGGCAAUGGCUGGAACCUGGAUGCUGCUUGGAAGAAUUUCGAAGAGCUCAAGGCAUCGGGGUCGCUUCCUGCCACCGCUUUCCUCUCUCCGGCCUAG